UCUUUUCCUUUCAGUCUCAAAAAAACUAGUAGUUAAUAAGAGAGAGAGGGAGAGAGAGGGAGGAGAGAGAGAAAGAGGGGGAAAACGGGUUGGUUUUUGUCUUAAAUGUGGAUUGUGUAGCAGAGUGACGGUGCAGUUACCAUGGCGGCUUUGCAGAGCUCUAAUUCUGUGUCAUUAUUACUUGGAACAACGAAAGAAAGCUAAGUCAAGCAACCAACUUCUCUUACUAUUUUACCCUAAAAAUAAUCAAAAUUUUUCAUCAAAAAGCUGCAAAUAACCACUCCCAGAGCGUCAGAAUCAGACAAAAUCAGAAAUGGCAGGGUGGUUCUACUUAGGAGGAAGAGAAGGACAAAGCAGUAAACAGGAAGAAGAAGAAGAAAAAGAAGAAAGCCUUCAUUUGUACAGAUCAAACGAGGAGAUCUACAACAAAGGAUUUGAAAUAUGGCCACAGUAUCAUCAGCAACAACAAAAUAUGAACAAUUAUGUCUCGUUUGGAGUGGGUCCUAGUCGAAGAAAUUUCAUCAACGAUGACUCAUCAAGAUCGGGUUUUACUGUGACAAGACAAAGCGGAGGAGUAGGAGUAGGAGGAAUGAACUGCCAAGACUGUGGUAACCAAGCGAAGAAAGACUGUGUUCAUUUGAGAUGCAGAACUUGCUGUAAGAGCCGAGGGUUUCAGUGCCAAACUCACGUCAAGAGUACUUGGGUUCCUGCUGCUAGAAGGCGAGAGAGGCAGCACCAGCUAUCAGCUUUGCAACGGCAACACCAGCAGCAGCAACAACAACAACAAAAUAAUCAACAAGAAGAACAACUACAGUUUCUAGGAGAGAAUCCGAAAAGGCAGAGAGAGAAUCAAGGUGAUACUCCCUCUCUUGCCUGCACCACUACUCUUUUACCCAUUACUACGGCAGGGUUGGAACUUAGUCAAUUUCCGUCUGAAGUUAAUUCUCCAGCAGUCUUCCGUUGUGUUAGAGUAAGCGCAGUGGAGGAUUCAGAUGAGCAGUACGCGUAUCAAACGGCUGUUAACAUUGGAGGGCAUCUUUUCAAGGGAAUUCUCUACGAUCAAGGCCCUGAAAAUCGUUAUGCCACUGGAGGUGAGAGCUCUCAACAAUUGAAUCUUAUCACGGCAGCCCCUACAAUGACUACCACGGCAACAACACCCACCACAACCAACCCUUCUGCUGCUAUUGAUCCAUCAUUUUACCCACCUCCACUCAAUGCUUUCAUGGCUGGUACGCAAUUCUUUCCACCCCCAAGGUCUUAAUAGGAGGACUAGCUGCUUCUACUUGAGCUUUUAAAGAAGCUUCAUUAGUCAUGCACCAAAUCUAAAUUGUUGUUUUAUGUGGUUCUAGUAGAUCUUUAACACCCAAUGAGGUAUAAAGCACAUAUAUGAAAAAGCUAGGGAGAAUGCAUAUGAUAUGGGGAUGUUGUUUUUUGUUCGAAUUUCAAUUGUGAUUUUCUGGGUUACAUUUUUAUAUUAUCGAUGACACAAUAUUGGCUCGUA